UUGAGGACAUGGAGAAGUUAUCUGAGAAGGCUUUCAGUUGGGAGAUAGACAACUUUUCCGAAAGGAACGGUGUGAUACGGUCGGAUCCUUUCACAAGCGGCGGCUGCGAAUGGCUUCUUUGUGUUCACCCAAAGGGAAAGUUGGUGGAUGAUCACUUGUCCCUCUUCCUGCACGCUGUGAAUCCUGUAUCAUUGCUACCUGGAUGGAGAAGACGAGCUAGUUAUCACUUUGUUUUGUUGAAUCAAUCUGGCAAAGUUCUAAGUAGAACAGUUGAAGAACUUAGAUUCUUCUGCGCUGAGGCCGAAGGCCGGGGUAGUCACAGAAUGUUGCCUCUCACCAAGCUUCAGGAAGAAGGGUUUCUAGAGGACAACAAACUAACCAUUGAAGUCUACAUUAAAGUAGUUAAAGUUGUCGCUGAAGGAAAUUUAACUGGGAAUGAGAUGGUUGAUUUUCGUGGUUUCCAUGUUCUUAAUAGACAGGCUGUUUCAGUUAGCAAUAUUUUCGUACUGCAUCCAGACGUUGCAGUAGAUAUCAGAUCAGGUAUCAAAGAGGUGAAGACGGCAUACAUGAAUAUUCUCCUCGGCCUCGUCGAGACACUAGACAAGGCUCCUCAGAGCUUGUCUGAGACUGAGCUAACAAACGCUGAAAGCGAGUUAAGCGAGCUAGAAGAGGCUGGCUUUAAGCUAGAUUGGUUGAAACCAAAGCUUGAGGAGUUUUCCUUGAAGAGGAAGCAAGCAACUUCUUCUCCUAGAGUUUCUCCGUUUGAAUGCAUUGAUUUUUUGGUAAAGAGAUUCUUUUUGUCUUGCUUCUCGGAACACUAACUGCGUUUUUAUAGUUAUAGUUUGGGGAGUGUUUGAGUUCAUUGUUUUAGUUCUUAAUCUUAUCAUAUCAUUUUCUU